CGGUUCCGCCUCGGUUGACGCGCUGCUGUUAUCUCCUGUAACCCUGCGGUACACGUGCGUGCGCCAGGCGGGCGCUGCGGUAGCAUGGACGCUUUGGAUCGAGUUGUAAAGCCCAAAACAAAAAGAGCCAAGAGAUUCCUUGAGAAAAGAGAACCGAAACUCAGUGAAAAUAUUAAAAAUGCUAUGCUGAUUAAAGGGGGCAAUGCAAGUUCAACAGUGACACAAGUACUUAGAGAUGUGUAUGCACUGAAGAAACCAUAUGGAGUUCUGUAUAAAAAGAAAAAUAUUACAAGACCAUUUGAGGAUCAGACAUCAUUGGAAUUUUUUUCAAAGAAGUCAGAUUGUUCUUUAUUCAUGUUUGGCUCCCAUAAUAAGAAGCGGCCAAAUAAUCUAGUAAUAGGUCGUAUGUAUGACUACCAUGUGCUGGAUAUGAUUGAAGUAGGUAUCGAGAAGUUUGUCUCCCUUAAAGAUAUUAAGAAUAGUAAAUGUCCGGAGGGAACAAAACCCAUGUUAAUAUUCGCAGGUGAUGAUUUUGAUGUAACAGAAGUAGGUAUCGAGAAGUUUGUCUCCCUUAAAGAUAUUAAGAAUAGUAAAUGUCCGGAGGGAACAAAACCCAUGUUAAUAUUCGCAGGUGAUGAUUUUGAUGUAACAGAAGACUACAGAAGGCUAAAAAGCCUUCUUAUUGAUUUCUUCAGAGGCCCCACAGUAUCAAAUGUCCGCCUGGCUGGUUUAGAGUAUGUUCUGCACUUCACUGCACUGAAUGGGAAGAUUUACUUUCGAAGCUAUAAGUUGCUGUUGAAGAAAUCUGGCUGCAGAACACCUCGGAUUGAAUUGGAAGAGAUGGGACCCUCGUUGGAUCUGGUUCUGAGGAGGACACACCUAGCAUCAGAUGACCUUUAUAAGUUAUCUAUGAAAAUGCCCAAAGCCCUCAAGCCAAAGAAGAAGAAAAAUGUCUCUCAUGAUACUUUUGGUACAACUUAUGGAAGAAUUCAUAUGCAGAAGCAAGACCUAAGCAAACUACAAACCAGGAAGAUGAAGGGGUUGAAGAAGCGACCUGCAGAAAGGAAAGCAGAAGACCAGGAGAAAAAAUCAAAGAGAAUUAAAAAGGACUGAUGGAAUAUAGCCAAUAACUGCAUUUUUAUUGUAGUCUUUACUUAGAAUUAUCAAGCAUCAAUUAUUUCAGGGUUUCUUGUAAGGUUUUAUUGUAUAUUUUUAUAACUUGAUAAUUUACCUAAAUUAUAUACAUUGUGAACAGUAACAUACUAGUAUUAGGUUGAAAGUUAGGCUCUUACUGGAGACAUUACACCCUGGUAUGCCGUUUUCUCUCUGUGAUGUGACAUUUCCCUCUGCCUACCCCCUACAAAGUCUCCUGUCUCAUUGGGUAGGUGAGUGAGGAGGGAUCUCCAGAACAGUCAUUGGUAUUUUAGAGAAUUUUGGGUUAAGCUUUAGAUAAAUGGAGGAAGUUAUGGAAAGUAGAAAUGGUCCAGAGUAACUAUAUACAUGCUCAGUAUGAGCUACCUGUAAAGUUGACCCCAUCUCCCAGCAUAUAAAUACAACCUGACUUUUAUUUUUUUACUAUCCUGUUGUUUUACCUGAAAUUCUACCAGUUAGAGAUUAAUUUUGAGAUUUUAAGCUCUGUGUCUUAAAACAGAUCUCUGAGAUGUCCACUACCUGAUCAUUGACAUACUACCUAACUAUUGAUUAUUUUAAGAGAUUCUGCUACUAAAUGGAGCCCUGUUCCUCUUCUUUGGGAGAAAGGAAGUUUUGAUAAGGGUUGAAGUGAGAAAGGAGAGAUUAGAUAAGACACACGACAUUUUAGGGUACUGGGUCGCUGUAGGUAGCUAAAGGUCACAUGAAGGCCCGGGGUGUUUGCAUACAGAGUAGGAGUAAGCCAAAGCCAAACAGCUUAUUUUGAAAUUUUCUUGAAGACUGGCCCUGUGCCUAGGAAAAUGGGGGAAAGCUUUCUGCUUCCUACUCCUAGUACUGCAAACUUGUUUUCCCUAAAUGUACAAUUUAGUUUCCUUGACUGAGUCCCUGGCAAAGAGGCUCCUUUAUACAAGCACAAGCCAAUUAUGCUGUAAAAGUACAAACAUACAUAAACCAUGAUGUGUUAUUUAAAGUAGAAA